UAUCAAGGUGCGGCUGAGAGAAACAAGUGUCUGAGUGAAACCAAUCUGAGAAGUCAUUCCUCUGUGAGAUUACAGGUAGGCUUAAUCUAUCGACUUUUUUUAAAUGGCCCGUUAUUGUUCAUUUAGAUGGCUGGAUUUCAGUAGCGAAUACUUUUUGUGACCUAUAGCAUAUGCACAUUAAUUGUGCGGCAUCUUUCGAAGACACCAUUAGGGUUUACGAGCUCUUCAAGUUUUCUGCUGCUUCAUCACUUCAAUUUUAAAAUAAAUUUUCUGUGAGUACAACAAUAGGGUUAGAAAAAAUUGGCAGAAGGUAUUUUUGUUGAUACUUUUUUCCGACGUGAACCGCCUUUUUUGAAAAGCCUUGUUAAACUUUUUUUUUUGCCAAUUUCGCAGUCCCAGCCUUGCUAGGUACAGAUUUCUCUCAAGAGGCAUCAUUGAUGAUCUAGUUCCAGUCUGUUUCUCCACGCUCCAUAUACCAGCCCCCAGAAAGCUAUGCUGAAAGUCUAAUCUAAUUCAAGGUUUUAAAAAUAGUUAACUAACUAAAACAAAAUUUUUGAGUGACGUUUGAGUCUUUUAAAAAUGAAAAUGGCGGGAUAAAUCCAAAAUGGAAUUUAAAUUCGUCUUUAACGGAAUCAAAUCAGAGUUUUCCCAGUCUCACUACAAGCUUCUCGUUCAGACGGUUUUUCCUUCACCGAGGGAAAAAUGUUACCUUCGUUCGUUCCGUAUAAUAUAACUUUCUAGCCAUUUUUGUUAGUUUUUAUUUCCUUGUUAUGUUCUGGCUGCCCAUGGUAGUCUUCGAAUUUCGGUUAUCAGGAGUGUUAACCAAGUCCCGAACGAAGCACCAUAGAAUGCAAUUUCUGUCCUCAAAGAUAUCUUAGACAAAGGUCAAAAUUGCUUAUGGCGAACUUCAUAAUAACAAUACAGAUUAUCGGAGCAAUGUACAAGUCAAUAACACGAAACAACCUCAAAUUUGAGGGAAAAAAAACCCAAACUUCCUAAGCUCGAAACCGAAAUACCCUCAACUCACCGAAAACGAAGCACCCACUCUCACCUGCGGUGAACACGCCUGCAAUUAGCUAAUAUUAACCAGUCAAUUUCAAGGGUGAAAAUCCCCUCUUGUCAUAUUUACCUGGCGCUUUUGCUCACGAUGGCUCAAAACACGUUUGCGGUAUUGCGGUGCUAGUGUUGACCAUUUUUCUUUUUUUGCGGUGGGUGAUUUUGGUAAUUGUAGUCAUGAGUUGCGAUAUUGUGGUAUUUCUAAAGGUGUGAGGUGUGCUGUUUAUUGUGUUUAGGUCUAUUUUGGACAUGAACUUGUGGCCAAAGUGAUUUGCCGAUUUUACUGGUUUUUGUUUUCUUUUUUUGAGGCGUCAGUUGUGGUGCAUGCGCGAUUAAUACUCAUCCCACUCUACAUCUACUUGACGAUAUUUGCAAUCGAAAGAAGGCACCAAUUAUGCUCUUCGCUGAACGGAAGUAGUUCAAACUUUUGAUUUUGUCGAUCAGAUCCCAUGGUGUUGUGAUCAUUUAAAUGAAACCGCAUGAUAGUAUUUACCAAUAAUUUUUAAAAGGAUAAUAUUAUAUAAUAAUAAUAUUAAUGUGCUUGUGAUAAACGUGCUAAACAACCUUCUUGCCUUAUGUUCAUGUUGCUGAUCUCUUUGCAACAAGUUUUAUUUCUUUUAUUACGUAUACGAUUUUUUUUGGUCACCGAUUACAACAAAUGUUUGCUAUAACUACAGCUUUUUAAAUUACGAAAUUUUAAUGUCCUAAAAGUUCGAAAAGGUUAUUAUGAAUAAACUUAUCCGAGUUUUUCUUGCACGAAAUUGAUACAACAUCAUCAGGUGUAGUCUGAUGAUGGCAUACCACGGCAUACAGGGUGAAAUUACUCUUUGUCGCAAUCUUCUAUAAAUAACAAACACGCAAAAAUAAUAAUAAUAAAAAUUACCCUGAAUCUGAGGAUGGGUCAGCUACUGAGCUUGUCGAAAUGUCAUUGCGCGAUCGCUGGUUAACGCGGGGGUUUGUUCUAGGACUGCAGCGUGACAGCCUGCAAAUGAAAUAAUUCUGUAACAUUCUGUUCUGCUACACAAUAAUAGUAUUACAGUGAGUUUGAAGAUCACUGCCUGCUACUGAAGUACUCAUGAUCGACAAUGUUCGGAAAGUAGUAUCAUAUAUCGGAAUCUAACAUUUAUUUGAGAGCACAAUGGCAAUUUUUUAAUGACAGUUUAACUGUGCUAAUGCACGGCGAUGAUAUUAAGUUUAAACGUUUUACACCGAUAUUUUUUCUCAGAUCAAAGCAUUCAUGGCGAUGAGUGGAAUCAGAGAAGCAAGCCCGGAGAGUGAUGAGAAAGUUUUGGACUUUGAUGAUGCUACUUUGGAAGGUAAAGAUACUUAAGCAACAAUCAAUAGUGUAUAAAAGCAUUUUUAAACAUAGCUAGGGACGAUUGAAAUUAAAAAUAUACACAAGAGAACCUUUGUUAAAAGAUUAAAACCCCAGUCAAGUUGCGGCAUUUUCUACUUUCAACGGAGCCACGACAGUAUUCAGUGAGUACUAAAUUCAAAAAUUAAACAAGGGAAUGGUUAGAACUGUUGAUAAACAAUAUUGACAGUACAAACAAGUACAGUUUAUUUACGUAAGAGCUACAGUCAGGCAGUCAUAUUUAUAAUUAACGGAACGCUUUUUUUGUAGAUUGUUGAAAAGCAAGCAUAGUAUCAGCACGAAAACAGAAAACAAACAGCAAACAAACAAAUUGAACAGCAAACAAACAAAAUUGAACAAACAAUCAAUGUAAAUUGCAAUUUACUAAGCUGGUGUCGUCUAGUGUUCUCUGGGGUUACAAGUUUUUGUCAUGUCAGGAACGGAAAAGACAUUUGUUUGUCAGCGGCCAUCUCAUUGAAUGUGCAAUAAAUAAUCCCCCUCCUUAUUUAUUUAUUUGUUUAUUUUCUAUUUGUUAUCAUUUUCUGCUUCUCUCUCCUGUUUUUAUCUCUCAUUCCAAUUAUCGCCCCACACCUUCAAGUAAACUAAAUCCCGCAACGUCCCAUACUUUUUUAGAACCUUAGGUUUUAAGGCAUUUUAAUGAAUCCUCUCUGUUUUUAGCGAUAGCAGAAGUUUACAAAACUGAAGGUGAUGAGGCGUACUCAAAGGAAGAUUACAGCAACGCUGUUUACUUUUACGCUGAAGGAAUUAAAGUGAAGUGCAAGAACGAGGACCUUAAGUCUGAACUGUACAGCAACAGAGCAUAUGCAAACCUUCUUUUAGGUGAGGUUUCCCAUUUGUGUUUCAGUUCAUGAGGUCAGUUGUAUCUUGCAAAGACUGGCAAAUUAGCAUGGCCAGCGAGUGCUCAUCGCAUUUGACUCGCAAUUCGCCGGAGUUACUGGGUUUGAAUCGGGCGCGAUUAGUCGAGCACAAAGUGGGAGACACAGUGUAGCGCGACGCGCAAAGGAAGAGAGUUGAACGCCUGAUAUAAUGCACCUGUCAAUGUAAUGCCGGCGGAGGGGGAGGCAGGGCAUAGGGUGGGGAUUUGACUUUUUUCAAAAAUUUGCAAUCAAAUUCCCUGCCCACGGGCAAAUCAUUCCAGUCAAAUGCAACCAAAUUUCCCCACCCCAGAAUGCACACUGCUUUCAAUCCCAAGGCAGAACCUAAGAAAGGCACAACAAAAAUAUCUCCAAAUAAAACUCUGCAAUCUUUUAUAAACGUUGCUGCAUCACCAAAGAUACAUGUUCCUGUUACAGCUGCAAUUAUACGUUCUAACCAUAAUCCGUGUUACACUGCGUAGAAUACAUAAACCUUUCGGGGGAAGUCCACAUUUUGUAAGUCUAAAUAUACCGUUCUUAGUAAAGGGUAAAAGAAAGUCAGUUUUAUAAGUUUACAGUGAUGGUAGCGAAUGAGCCACACACUAAUCAAUUGUACUUGCAAAAAUCGACUUGGUUUCUCUUUACUUCCGUUUACUUUGAUACCACAGUAUUUUAAGAGGUUCAGUUGAUCAAAAACACGUUAAAACAAACGAAAUUUGAAGACAAAACAGUGAAAUCCACUCAGCUUUCGCUUGUUUUCAUUGGCCUUCACGACUUCCUGAUCUUUUCAAACCGUAUGGCGCAUGCGUGAAGCGUGGAAGGGGGAAACAUAUGUUCGGUCUCGGUCUUUUUCGUCCUAGUCGGCAGUCAAAUAUCUCCACGUCGGGCGAAGAAAGAUUCAAAUAUCCCUUCCCCCGGGAGAACAAGAUCAGUCAAAUGCCCUACCCGAGGGACAACAAAGACAAUCAAAUCCCCACCCCAUGCCCUGCCUCCCCCCCCGCCGGCAUUACAUUGAUAGGUGCAUAAGUUUACCGUGUAUGUCGAAUAGCUUCGGGACGCUGAAUUUGUUUCUUGAUCAGGUCGUGCGUUUACCACGUCAAUCACGCUUUUAAGUAGCCAACUGGUUGAACUUCUGUUAGUUAGGCUUUUAAUGUGUGUGUGUGUGGGUAGAAUCCUUGUAAAGUAGAAGGAACAGCUCACUGAACUACACGGCUAUUUUAUUUUGGUUAGUAUGUAUUGUGUUAAUAGGCCUUUUGCAUCAGUUGAUCAUGUGAUCAACUUUCGGUAACACGAAAACAGAUCGCUUUUGAAAACCUUUGUUGGUACAAGCUAAAAAAGCAUAUUAAAAUUAGGUAGCCUGUAAAUUUUCAGCCGUAUAUCUCAAAAGUAGUCCUUCUAAUUUUUGGCGGCCGCUGCAAUCACUUGUAUGAGAAAAAGCAAUUUUAGCCAACCAGUCACGCCUGAAUGGUUUUCCAUACAAUUCCUUGUAAAUUUCGACGUUUUCAAACUGUCGUGAAAUAUUUCCUUAAGUAUUACGGGGGCUCAAAUCUCCUUUUAAUUCAUAACAGGUACUUUGAGCCCUUAAAUGCGUAAGGGAAAUAUUUAACGACAGUUUAAAAAUUUCAGAAUUUACAAUGAGUUGUAUAGAAACCACUGUUUACCGAAAGUUGAUCACGUGAUCAACUAAUGCAAAAGGCCUAUUUCUGGACAGAAGGAAACAUUUUUUUAUUUUCUGAUGUUUGCUGUUUUAUUGGGACUUGAAAUUGAAAUUUCCUCCCAGUCCAAUGUUUGGCACCUUUUACCGUUCUUGAAUUGAAAUGUUGUAGUCGCUUUGUAAUCUACCUGGCUUGCUGCAUUGUUUGAAAGCUGUUGGUGACUUUUGAGUUUUUCUCCAACAUUCUUAGGAAACUACAUUUACUCACUGGUAGACGCUAAAAACGCCACGGACUUACGACCAUUGUCAAUCAAACCUAUGAUAGCAGGUAGCCUUUAACAGUAGCAUUACGAAUAAAGUGAAGCGGCGUUACCUUAAGGUGGCUCCGUCACUAACAUUGGAGCAUUUAGCUGUGACAAAUUUUCCGUCAUAACUUUUUCGUUUUUGGAGCGAUGGCUGCGAAACUUUGCAAAGAGCAACAGAUAUCAUUCGGCAAAAGUACGAAAUAUUCCGAUUUCAUUGAUGGUAAAUAUUUCUUGAAAAAUUAGCGCUUAAAAGGACCCUAGUGUUGAAAGAAAAUCACGUCUAGUAAAAAAUUUUAUUGAAAUUUUUUACUGAAAUUUCUGGUAUCGGCUUUCAUUGUCACAAUAAAUAUGCCGGAGAAAUUUCAGAAAAAUCGUUGGAGCAGAAGUCCGUAACUAAGAGUCGCUGAAAACUCAGCUGUAAAAUUGUUUUGGAAUUUCAAAAGUAAAGUUACUAUCAGGUAGAAGGAGCCACCAGUUUGAAUUUUUGGGACAAGUAAAUUCAAUGUUCGCCAAAAAUGAAAACAAAAGCUGAUUGCCUAUCGUGCUAUUCUUUUAAAGGUACUUUUUAGUUUUAGAAGUACUAUAAAUUGCUCCAAACCUUGCUCUGACGUCGAAUGACUUGUUCCUCGACAUUUUUAAAAUAUCUCUUGGAGCUUCUUGGCAGUUUUGGUUCAAACUCCUGCUACAUACAUUUUGUUGUAUUGCAAUGCAUCCUCAACGGCUUUUUCUGCUGAAAGUUGCUUCCAGUUUAGGUAAAAGGUAUUGGGAUUGUAAGCUACCUUGUAUCGAAGCUCAGAUAGAACUGUCCAGCAGGUUUGUUUAUGACCAGAAAAUGCGCACGAGCGGCACUUCUGCGAGGAAUUCGCACCUCAGCCAGGGGGGACGAAUGACAAUGAUGCCCAUGUCUGCGAACCGAUCUGUAUAAACAUGUAUUGCAGAGCAAACGUAAUAAUCAAGAAAAAACUACCCAUUCAUUGAAGGAAGGAGUAACAGAAAUUUCAGAGUUGUAAAUUUAUUCACGGGCAUUAUUUUUGCGAUAAUUUUAUUUUGCACUGUGAUGUAAUUCGGUUCACAAGCAUGGGCAGAAUUGUCGUUCGUCCCCCCUGGUUGAGGUGCGAAUUCCUCGCAGAACUGCCACUAGUGCUCAUUUUGUAGUCAUAAACAAAGGAGCUGGACAGUUUUAUCUGAGCUCUGAUACGAGGUAGCAUCUAACCUCAAUACCUUUUUCCUGAGUUGGAAGCAACGAACAGCAGUAAAAGUCAUUGAAAAUGCAUUGCAAUACAUCAAAAUAUAUGCAGCAGGAGUUUGAGCCAAAACUGCCAAGGGAUAUUUUAAAAAUGUUGAGGAACAAGUCAUUCAACAUCAGAGCAAGGUUUGGAGCAAUUUAUGGUGCUUCUAAAACCAAAAAGUACCUUUUAAAGAAUAGCACGAUUGGCAAUCGGAUUUUGCUUUCAGAAUUAGCAAACAUUUGAAUUUACUUGUCCCGAAAAUUCAAACUGGUGGCUCCUUCUACCUGAUAGUAACUUAUUUUUGAAAUUCCAAAAUAAUUUCACAGCUGAAUUUUCAGCGACUUUUAGUUACGGACUUCUGCUCCUACGAUUUUUCGGAAAUUCCUCUGGCAUAUUUAUUAUGUCAAUUAAAGCCGAUACCGUAAAUUUCAGUAAAAAAUAUCAGCAAAUGUUUUUACUAGACGCGAUUUUCUUUGAACAGAAGGGUCCCUUUAAGCCCUAAUUUAGCAAAAUAUAUUUACCAUCAAUGAAAUCGGAAUAUUUCGUACUAUUGCCGGAUGAUAUCAGCUGUUCUUUGCAAAGUUUCUCAGCCAUCGGGUUAAAAACGAAAACGUUUUGACGAAAACUUCGUCACUACCUUAAAAACUCCCACAGGACACCAACAUGGCCGCUGUGACGUCAUCUGAAAACACUCUAUACGUUCUUGAAGAAUUUUCCCUUUUAAAACUUUUGAUUAGUAAGGCUGAAAUUGAAGCUGAAUCAGGGUCAAUAGCGUAAUAAAGUCAUCUUCACAAGUAAUGUCAACAGUUUCUUUUGACAACAAAAAUAGAGCUUGUUCGUAGCCGCCGGGUGGCGAUUAGCCUUCAUCGUCUUUUUGAAAAGUUGAGGUCACCAAGCUCCUUCUCUGUAGUCAUCAGUAUAGAGUCAUAAAUUUCUGUUUGUCGGCUCGUUGCUCUUCUGAAAAAUGAAACGGAAGGGGUCAGGACAGAAGAGAUGUUUUCAUAUGCCAUGUAUGCCAGUUUCACUGAAGUUGCGUUAUACUAUUUUCAUGAAUUCAGGAGCAAAAGCCUCUGUCAAGUUGAGUCUGCGUGAGCUGGCGAUCUUCUGGUGUAAUACGGGAUUGGCAGUAUCCUUUUUCUCUGUUUAA